AUGUCAACUCAUUGGUUCAUCUUCCUCUCCAUCCUAUGCGUGACCGCAUUCCGCUUCUACAUCUUUGACCUCCUCGUCACCAACAACAGCCCUAUCUUGCCAAAGUUCCGAGUCGACUCAGUCUCCGUCUCCAACUUCUCCUACUUCGACUCCAACUCCUCCGUCACCGGAAACUGGAACGCCCAGUUCUCCAUCUAUAACCCCAACAACUGGAUGACCAUCUCCUACGAAACCUCGCUCUUUCACGCAUCCGGGUUCAAUUCCGAGACCCGAAUCCCUGCCUUCAACCAGUCCAGGCUUAGCCAGACGUUUGUCGAUGCUACGUUCGCCUCUAGAGACGAUUACGUGGACAGAGGGGCACUCCGUGACAUCAACUUGGACGGCACACCUGGCUCAAUCACUUUCAAUGUGAUGCUUGUUACUGGGUUUAAAUUCAUGGCUACUGGAAGUGGACAACUUGUAGAUUUAGGGAGUGACUAUUUCACGGUUUGGUGCGAAGGUUUGGUUGUUUCUCUCUCUCCAUCAUAUAGCAGUGCCUCCGGGUCAGGGAAGCUGGUGAAACCCAGGGACUGCGACGUUUUUUAG